UAUCCGGUGUGUGCUCUGAUAUAGAGAUUUAUAUAUGUGUACACAUUAAGUCGAGUUUGUGUGUACAAGGGAGUUGGGCGAAAUUUGGCGCAUAGUUUUUGCUGUACAAAGAGCAUAUGCAUGUGUAGUCAACGGCAGUUCCAUAAGUCCAUAUAAAAGUAUAUAUGUACAUAUAUUAAUUCAAAAUAAAACAAAGAAAUGGACAUUGACGAUAGUUCCUCAGAGGAGUAUUUUGAUGCAUGCUCAUAUCUGGAUGUUCCGCCUGUGGAAUCUUCUGCUGAAAUGGACUUGAGUACAUCAUUGGAGGAAGCCAAACUGGCAAUAAAUUUUUUUUUUGAUAAUCGAUUUGAAGAAGCCCGAACUCUUUUAAAACCACAUGCAAACCAGAGCUUAUACCACUCAAUGGGAAUGGCGACUUUUUCAUUUCUUGAGGCGAUUCUUACCUUUGACCACAUUGAUAACGCUGCAGAGGAACUAAAAAAGUGUGUGGAGCUAUGCCAACGUCUGAGAAAGAAGAGUACACUAACGGAGUCAAUUAGCAAUACAUUUAAAAAGAAAAAUUUUAAUUUGUUGACGGAUUUGGAAUGUCACGCUGAGCUGUGCUUGGCAGAGGUGUUACUUAUGCGGGCGUUGCUCACAUUUCUUGAGGACGAGAACCUCAGUGGACUAAUACGGGGUAGCUUACAGGUGCGUCAGUGCUUUAAUGGCUUUAGAUCUUGUGCACAGAUAAUGAAACAACGUAUGUGGGAUGAGAACUCAAUUCCACUUAAAGUCCACUUCGAUAGUGGAGUCCAUAUGGGCAUCGGUACAUUUAAUUUAAUGAUAUCCAUGUUGCCUGCACGAAUUUUAAAAGUUCUCCAAUUUAUUGGCUUCUCUUCAAGUCGAAAUACUGGUCUAAAAGAACUUCAAAAGGGAUACCAGGAAAACGGUUUACGACAGAUACUUUGCGCUUUGUCCCUGCUGGGAUUUCACUUGAUGGUGGUACCUAUGCUUAGCGAGCGGCAAUGCCUCUCUGAUCUAGAUCUAUGUGAUAAAAUAGUAAUGGCUCAGUUAUCAAAGUUUCCAAAUGGCGUGUGGAUGCUGUUCUUUAAGGGUCGUUUGGAAUUAAUCAAAGGUGAUAUGAAGGCUGCAGAGCAUUGGUAUAUAAAAUCCUGGAAGUCCCAGGAUGUUUGGCCUCAAUUUCAUCACAUAAGCUUUUGGGAGCUCUUUUGGCUAUUAAGCAUGCAAUGUAAGUGGUCUGAUGCCCAGUUCUAUGCACGUGAAUUAUUGGAAAAGAGCAACUGGUCAAGAAGCAUUUAUGCCUAUCAAUUGGCAGCAGUCAAGUUAAUGUCAGACCCAAGAUCUACAGAUGACAUACAUCAAAUUGAGGAUUUAAUGCAACAAGUACCCAAUUGCAGGCAAAGGAUUGCCGGCAAAUCACUGCCAAUGGAAAAGUUUAUGGCAAAACGUGCUCUGCGAUAUGGCAUACAACAAGGUAAACUGGUAUUGCCGCUCAUCGAACUUAUGUAUCUAUGGAACAUGUUUAAAUUCAUUGGUAAACAUUUCCACAUUGCUGAUGGCGUUUUGCGCCUUAUCGAUACCGAAUUUGCCAACUUUCAAGCAAGCAUUGCGCCUUCAUCGACUGUUCAUACACAAUCUUAUUACGCAGACAAUCGAGCGCUUUGUCUGCUUCUUCGCGGUGCUUGUUAUGCUCAAAUGGGUAAACCAUCUCUAGCUUUGCAGGAUUUGAAUGAAUGCAUGGCUCAAAAUGGGAUUAAGGAGGAUCACUUUAUAUUACCCUACGCCAACGUUGAAGCCGCAUUUUGUCACGCUGACAACAAUCGUCAGCUUGCCAUUGCAAUGCUGAUCGAUACUAAAAAAAAAUAUUCAAACUUUGCUCUUGAAUCUAGGCUACAUUUCAAGAUACACGCAGCCCUUCUAAAUCUGACAAAAUUGAAAAGUGAGGCCGAGCAGUAAGCUAUAAAGAAAAAAUAAUAUCCUUUAUAAAUGCAAUAAAUGUUGA